GAGGACGAACUUCCGGUUUACUGGGGUGAAGCAGCUCGAGCUCUGAUGCUACGUCCUUCACGAUUUUUGUUUUUGCUUAAACUGAAAUAAAAAGGUGAAAAUUGACAGAUUAUAGGUUCGUAUUUAAUAAACCGGAUAUCCCCCGGUAAUCUGACGGAGCUGAGUGUUGAUCCGGAAGUCAUUCUGCAGGAAUGUCUUCGUUGUGGAGCCUCAGACCGGUGCUGACAUCACUGUUUCAGGCGUCCCAGCAUGCCUCUGCCUGGACGGGCCCCCUCCUCUCCAGGACGAUGGCCAGCCUCAACCAGAUGCACCGCCAGGGGAAGCCCAAACCAGCCCCUAAACCUGUGGGCGCCACGUUCGGCCGCCCCCAGCUGAAGGCGGUUAUCCUGAAGACGAUGAUCAGAAAGCCCAAGAAGCCCAACUCGGCCAACAGGAAGUGCGCUCGGGUGCGGCUGUCCAACGGGAAGGAGGCGGUGGCGUUCAUCCCCGGAGAGGGACACAACCUGCAGGAGCACAACGUGGUGCUGGUGCAGGGCGGCCGGACACAGGACCUGCCCGGAGUCAAACUCACCGUGGUCAGAGGCAAAUAUGACUGUGCUCACGUGGUGAAGAAGAAGCACUGACCGACUGACUGUUGUUAAUAAAUGUGUUCACUCCUAAAUGUC